GACAGACAAAGUGCUACUCCGUUAAAGGGGUGGGAUUGGGUGGUGGUGAGGUGUACCGAACUCUUGCGUACACGUGCAUCCCUGCAAUCGUUCUUUACACCUUUCACAAUUGACAUGGCCGUUUCCACUUUCCAGGACCUACGCCUUACGGGUUUCUUGUUCGAGAAGCUGUUUUUCUGUUCUUGCGUCGUCGGCGUUUCAUUUCAAUCAACAGAAAAAAGUGUAUAUCAAAUUAUCAAUGCGUACGGAAAAUAAUCUGUUCAUAAUUAGCGAUUGCUGCGAUCAUUUUGGAUAAUUUCUUCACAUACAUACGCUAAUUUUGCAAGAGAAGCUAGGGUUUUGGGGAUUCUUGUUGAUAGGGGUUUUUUAGGUCUGUAAAAUCGAGUGAUUGCUGAUGGUGGAUGUGGAUGCUAAAGAGAACGAGGGUGGUAAUGGCGAUGAUAAGAAGAAGAACCGUCUAUGGAUGCGGUGGGGAAUUAUCGGAGCUGUGAUCACAGUUUUAGUUGCCCUAUCUCUCAAUCCUUGGCGGAAUUCUCUCAAUCUAUCUCUCCUCCAUAAAUCGUACCUCUGUUCUGAGGAUACUUGUAAAUACACAGGCCUCAUUGAGGACUGCUGUUGCGACUUUGAAAGUGUCGAUGAUAUUAAUGGAGCAGUUCUACAUCCAUUGUUGCAAGAGCUUGUUACCACUCCCUUCUUCCGAUACUUCAAGGUUAAAUUAUGGUGUGAUUGCCCUUUCUGGCCUGAUGAUGGAAUGUGUAAAAUGCGUGAUUGCAAUGUAUGCGAGUGUCCAGAACAUGAAUUCCCCGAAUCUUUUAAAACACCAUCAUUAAACGUUCUUCCAAAAGAUGAUCCUGUAUGUCAAGAGGGAAAACCAGAAGCUACUGUGGAUCGAACCCUAGAUGACAAGUCGUUUAAAGGCUGGGUAGAAGUCGAUAAUCCAUGGACUCAUGAUGAUGAAACUGAUAAUGAAGAAAUGACGUAUGUGAAUCUGCAAUUAAAUCCCGAACAUCAUACUGGAUACACGGGUCCAUCAGCUAGAAGAAUAUGGGUUGCUAUAUACUCAGAACAUUGUCCAAGAUAUGCAUAUGGGGAGAUGUGCCCGGAGAAGAAAGUACUAUACAAAUUAAUAUCUGGUCUUCACUCUUCAAUUUCAAUCCACAUAGCUGCUGAUUAUCUUCUUGACAUAAAAAAUAAUAAGCGGGGUCCAAAUCUUAAAUUGAUGCGUGACCGAGUAUUGAAACAUCCUGAUCGCGUGCAAAAUCUUUACUUCACUUUUUUAUUCAUUCUUAGAGCUGUGACAAAAGCAGGUGGUUACUUGGAUGAGGCGGAGUAUGAUUCAGGGAACGAUUUAGAGGAUGUGAAAGCGGGAGAAUUGAUAAGAAGAUUGGUACAAAAUCCGAAAUUACAAGCUGCAUGUGCACUUCCAUUUGAUGAAGCUGAAUUAUGGCAAGGUCAAGGUGGGCCCAUGCUUAGGCAACAGAUCCAAAAUCAAUUUCUAAACAUCAGUGCACUGAUGGACUGUGUGGGUUGUGAGAAGUGUCGUCUUUGGGGAAAACUUCAGAUUCUUGGUAUUGGAACAGCGUUAAAAAUUCUGUUUUCUGUUAAUGAUAAGGAAAACCCGGACACACAUUUGCUGUUACAAAGAAAUGAAGUGAUUGCUCUAGUUAAUUUACUAAAUCGGCUAUCGGAGUCUCUUAUAUUCGUUAAUAAAAUGGGGACUCCUCCUAAAGAAAUAAUCAAUAGACCAUGGGGAUUCUCGUCAGUGGCUUAUUGGUGGCUAAAAUCUAACCAACAAUUGUCAUUGUCAACAAACACCACCGACCCAUUUUGAUAAUGAGACAUGAUCAAAGUGAAGAUAAAAAAAAAAAAAUAGAGCAGCAAAAUAUUUUAAUUUGAGCUUGAAUUUACUUAUGUUAGAAAGUUUUUUUAUUUUUUUUAAAAUCAAUAAAUAUGAAGAAAAAAAUUAUAGUAAUUCAAUGGUUAGUGAAUUAUGCCAUUGAACAGGUUUUGUAGGGUUGUUUUUAUGAGAAAGGGCAUUCAUGUUAUUUGCAAAAACUAAAGAUCAAGGAAUAGUGUUUGUUUGUUCCAUUUUUUUUGGAAGACUUUUAAGAAGCAUAAAUGUAUUCACUACUAGCAAAGAAUAUGGCUUUCAACAUUCAUCGAGUUCAUGUCAAAAGACCAAUACAAGAACACCAAAACAUACAUUUGAUCUAACAACACGAUUCACAUCAAAAUAUUUUCUUUCUACAACUUCUUCUUCCCCAUCAUCAUCAUCAUCUCAUCAUAGAUUUUGAUCAUUGAAUUCUCAAUUUUGCCCCUCUUUACAAGCGUAACUUCUAUUCUUAUGUACAUUGUAGUAGCAUAAAAGUAUAACACAAAACUAAAUCAACUUUUUUUUUUCUGAGCCCUUGACAUGGAGAGAGAAGUUGUUCAUCAUCAUACGAUUCGCACUAAAAUCUUGGAUAAUCUUUCUUGUAGGGGAUUUUUUUUUUUUUUUCUUUUUUUGUUAUUGUGGAGUGAUUGGUUAUAUCUCGAUUCCAGCUUCUUU